CAGUCGACUGCCGCUGGAGCUGCGACAGCACGCGCGCUCUCUGUAUUAGGAUGUCACCGGCAGCGUCGUUCGCUAAGCGAUGGGCCAGCGACAACCUGACCCGAGCGCCCACAGCAGAUGAGCUUGUUAUCCUGGAUCUCUUCCCUAUUACUUGCGAAGGAGACGAGGAAGAAGCCACUAAGAGGGCGCGGAGGUAUUACAAGGCGAGAGGGCCGGGAGGACUGACGGAACUCUGGCAUAGAAGAUAUCCUGAUGAUGAGGAUAUACUGUCGAGUUGUCAAGACGCAUACAUAGUUCCUUUACGAGUACGCAGCGUGGCCGGACGAAGAAUGACAUUGGUGAGACUGCCCGCGCCAACAGCAUUGGACAGGCCACUAUCAGCGCGCGCACUACUCGCCAGAUGGCUGAUGAUAUUAGACAUAAGACUUCGCGAGGACCCGAGCCCUGGUGAAGAGGUGGUUUUCAUUGACGUGUGCGACUUGCAGCCCUCUCACCUCAAAAACCACUUCCGAGGCAGCUACUGGAAGGAUUUUGUCUGGCUAAUGAAGACAGCAUAUCCGCUGCGGUUCUCCGAAGUCCAUAUCAUCAAUACUCAUCGUCUGAAGACAAUGUCUCUCUUAUUACUUCACGUGGGACUGUACCCAUGGCGGCGUAAGGUGGUCCAAGUUCACUCUAAUGCGGAUCAGAUCAACCACAUCAUGGGUGUCGAUUACUUCCCACCAGAGGGCUUGCCACAUGAAUACGGCGGGAAGGCUGGUGCGAUGAAGGAUUUGAAUGAUGAAUGGACAAAGAAACUUCUAUCCAACUCCACUUGGCUACAAUUAGAGGAACGUAAAUACUACAACACAGAACUUAUACCGGAAAUCCGAACACGUACAAGACAUCGCAGCGCAGUACGGGCAAUGCGAGGCGCUAUUGGUUCCUAUGACAUGAUUACUAGAACACAUUCAUGUAAAUCUCUGAACAGGCAUGAUGAUGUGGAUGAAGGAGCUCACGGCGCUUAUAGAACUUUGAAAGUGAAAUCAGAUAAGAAUUUGUACGUAUAAAGAUCUGUAUGUGUUAAAAACGGACUAUAAAAAUCUUGGUAUACAUCUUAAUGAGAUGUAGUCAUCUUAUCAUCAGCGGCAUACGUCCCCACUGAGGGGCUCGGAACCUACCCUAAGUUAGGGGUGACCAGGCAAUAGUCAACCGCGCUGGACCAGUGCGGGUUGAUUGACUUCACACAUAUCUUUUGAAUUUCUCCUCAGAUAUGUGCAGGUUGCACGAUGUU